UUAACAAAUACAAACAGAAAAGAUUGCCAUGAAUUUCCAAUCAGUUAUGUCCAAUGUUUUUGGAGGACUUCUGUCAGAUUUUAAGAAAAAGAAUUUUUCACUUUAUGGUCAAUGGAUUGGGUUAUUAACCAUCUUUUUAUGUAUAGCUUUGGGGGUUGCCAAUAUCUUCCAUGCUUCGCUUGUGAUUAUCUUCUCAAUUAUAUGUAUUGUACAAGGAUUAAUUGUUGUUUUCGUUGAAAUUCCAUUUUUAUUGAAGAUCUGUCCAUUGACUGAUAAAUUCACCGAGUUUAUUCGUAACUUUGACGAAAACUGGCCUCGUUGUGGAUUCUAUCUUUUAAUGAGUGUGAUUCAAUGGUUGAGUUUAACCAUUCAAGCAACCAGUUUGAUUGUGGUGGCCGUGUUCUUCUUAUUGGCCAGUGCCUGUUACUUAUUGGCUGCGGUUAAACAUCAAGAAUACAUGAAAUCCUCUUUCCAAGUUGCUGGUCCAAGUGACUCUAUACAAGGUCAAGUCGGUGAACAUGUUGUCAGAAAUGUUUUAUAAGUCCUACAUUCUACCAUUCAAUUCCACAUGAGUGAACGUUUUCUUCUUCUUCUUACAAAAUCCCUUAUUUAAAAAUAUAUCUUCUCUUCUGUAUCCAACUGCUGGGUCAGGGUCGGUCCUAUUCAGGGCUUAUCAGUUGUAGUUUAGUCCCUUACCAAAUACUCGUGGUGCAUGGGUGUGUCCGGAUAUACAGUUAACUAAAACAACCAAUGCCAUUGUGUGUGAGGCUAUCCCAUAGCUUAUGAGUAUAACUUACCACUAUAACAUAUAAAUUAGCACUAUAAGAUAUUCUACCACUAUAAGAUAUUCU